CUUAAAUAUCCCCCUCGCUUCAACCUUUUCUCUCAAACUUCCCUCUCUUACCGACCUCUCUCACCAACCUCGCUCGCCCUGCUUUCUUCUGCUCUUUUCUCCCUCAGCUGGGCCUCAAAUCAUCUAAUACUUCGCGUGUUUCCAACAGGAAUCGCUUCGACUCACAACCACUUUACCUUCGCCUACAAUCAAAAUGGCCGACUACCCUGCCGCUGGUGUUACCGGUGCGCCCGGCAACGGGCCCAACGUCAACGGCUCUGGUGACCCUGGGUUCGCGUCUCCCUCCCAGAUGCCUGCCCCCAGCGAGGCGGCGAAGACUCUGUGGAUGGGUGAGAUGGAGCCUUGGAUGGAUGAAAACUUCAUCAAGAAUGUUUUUAGCAACACCUCGGCCGAGAAUGUCCAGGUGAAGGUCAUUCGUGACCGCAACUCUGGCAAUGCUGGCUACUGCUUUGUGGAGUUCUCGACCCCUGAGGCUGCCCAGAAGGCCCUCGCCUUGAAUGGCACUCCCGUUCCCAACAGCCAACGGGUUUUUAAGCUCAACUGGGCUAGUGGUGGUGGCUUGGUCGAUCGUCGUGAUGACCGCGGACCUGAGUACUCUAUUUUCGUCGGUGACCUUGGCCCUGAGGUCAACGAGUUCGUCUUGGUUUCUCUUUUCCAGAGCCGCUUCCCCUCUUGCAAGUCCGCCAAGAUCAUGACCGACGCCAUGACCGGCCAGUCGCGCGGUUACGGCUUCGUUCGCUUCAGCGACGAGAGCGACCAGCAGCGUGCCUUGGUCGAGAUGCAGGGUGUUUACUGUGGCAACCGUCCCAUGCGCAUCUCUACUGCCACCCCCAAGACUCGCAGCUCUAACCAGUACGGUCAUGCCCAGGGUGGCAACCAGAUGAUGCCCCCUGUCCCCGGCGCCCAGGCCCCUAUGUGGGGUGGUGUUCCUCCCUACGGCUACGCCCAACCCGCUGCCCCUUUUAAUCCUAUGCAGCCCAUGAAUCAGUUCACCGACCCGAACAACACCACCGUCUUCGUCGGUGGUCUCUCCGGCUACGUCACUGAAGACGAGCUUCGCUCGUUCUUCCAAGGCUUUGGUGAAAUUACCUACGUCAAGAUCCCUCCUGGAAAGGGCUGCGGUUUCGUCCAAUUCGUCCAUCGCCACGCCGCGGAGAUGGCAAUUAAUCAGAUGCAAGGUUACCCGAUCGGUAAUUCUCGCGUCCGCCUCUCUUGGGGCCGUUCUCAGAACAACUCUGGUGUAGGCACUCCUUAUCGCCCUGCCCCGCCCCCUCCUCACUAUCUUGCUGCGGCUGGCAUGCCUCCCCACGCCGGUCCUGGUGGCGCUUACGGCGGACCUGCUGGUCCCUACGGUGGCAACCCUCCCCAGGGUCCUCCUCCCUCUGGUGGUCCCAUGCAGUAACUUUUCUCUGAAUCCGCUUACUCAGUCCUUCAUCGCGUGGCGUUUUGGGUGGCGUACGGGAGACGAAAAGCACAAAGAAGGUUGAUAUUCUGCAAGUUGAUCGCAAUUCUUCUUCACGCCUCCACUUCGGUUGAUCUGUUCGGCAUUGCUCGGCGUUCUGGUCUCUACUGUCGUUUGCUUUGCUUUGAUCGCGUUUCUGGGCAUGCUUAUGACACAUGGGGCGCGUGAGCGGAAGGGAAAUGAAAUGGAAAUGGCUUCUUUCGAGUCUGUUUUCUCUUUUCGUUCUGAGUUGUCUCUUUUCUGUUUUUCUUUACUCUCUUUCUGCGAAGUCUUUCAGCGGCUAUCCAGCAGUUUAGCCCAAGGUGGAAGGGGAGAAGGGCGGUAUUUCUUCAGAACUCUCUUUGGAGAUUUAUCAUCUUCAUUAGGAUUUCAUUCUAGGGUGAUAUUCCCCCACCACAGCCUCUUUGUUUUUUCUUUCAACUCAUGGAUAUGGGAAAAAGAUGGACUGGUAUACUCUUUUACUGGUGUUCUUUCUUUGCUCUUUUCUGCGAGGGGAACUGGAGAGAAAAAAGUUGAGGGGGGACUUGGGUCGAUUGAUUUGGGGCCUCUUGGUCCUUGACUGGCUGCUUAUGGGUUCCGUUUUAUUAGCAAGAGAGACUCUGAUAACUUUUUGUUUUUUCUGCAAUUGACAUUCGGUCAUAAGCUGCUUUUGAUAUUUUGCUUGCGUGUUUUGUGAGUGCUUUUGCUUGAUGCUUGUGUGCAUGUGCCUUUGCGUUGUGUCUUAGGAUGUUUGCGUCCUUUGCGGAGGGUUGGAUAUCGUCUCGAGAGCAUAGCGUGACGGUGUUGGGCGUCUAAUGGGAUGUCUUAAAUUAGAGGAGCUGGAGUCUUGGAGUGAUGGUGUUUUGGUUGGUUGCUAGGCCAGGGGGCAUUGGCGCCUGUGUUGGAACGACUUUGAGGACUUUGGAUAGGGGUGAAGAGCUUUGAAGAUUUGGCUGUGACGGGUUGCUCUUCAGCCCUUUGACCCACCGAUGACCUCUCAACAAGUUUGGACGAAAGACGAUGAACAAUCAUGGACGAAAACCUCGGUGAUGAACAGCUUUCGACGAAACCUCAUGACACCUUAGGGCUCUCUUUGGGUUAUAAUGAAACAUGAGCAACACGAAAAAACAGAAGGAACACAACAAAACAACAGCAGAACAAAGGUGGAUUUAAGCCGGGAACAGAGAGAGCGUAUCAACAAGCAGCAACAACCCGACGUUAUUCUGGAAGCAACCUUGCCAAGGAGUGGUCGACAACCUGGAAUAUAAGCACGUUGAUGAUGGGAGUCACCGGGUAUCUUGGCAGCAAGUUAGAGCGUGGAGGGUUCAAGAUUCGUCUGAUCUCGUCGCGGCUUUUCUUGUCAGGAUACCCCCCCAUCAGACGACGGGCGUUGUUGGGCUUGCAUACUCCCUACCUAUACCCCGUUUGCUGGUAGCAUCCUGAUGGAUCGUGGUGCCUGGGAGUCUUUUGGUGAUGGCUUCAGAUUCGUUGGUUGAUUGGCCUGUUUGGUCUCUUCAUGCGGCUAUGUUUGUUUUUAGCAAAGGUACUUUGGAUUGCUGGGUGGCUGGAUCGGCUUGGUGUUGGUGUUGGUGGUUGUCUGCUAGGGCUGUCAUUGAUAGCACGACCGGAGUGGCUUGGUGGAAUUGUGAUCAACUUGUGGAAGGAUUCGGAGUAGAUGCAUAAUAGAAAAUAUAGAAAGCUCCCUUGCGUGUUUUGACAGAUCAGCAUGGAUUGGAUGGUGUUGCUUGGCUCUGAGGCGGGACUCUGGGACGGGACUGCCGGUUUGGCUGUGUGUCUCUGUUGGCAUUCCUGGGUUUGAUGAGUACCUGGGCCU